UAUAUAUCAGCAUGCAUUUGGAAUGAAGCUUAAUUAUACAUUUAUACCUUCCUACAUUGUUGAACUUUCUCUUCUCUCUUUUCUAACACAUCAUCCUUAAAUAUAAGGUGUGUGUUUUUUCCAAAGUUGCUCUUUUUGUCUCUUUCUCUGAGGUUUAAUUUUCCAUAAAAAAAAAACAUAAAAGAGAGAGAAGAAAAAUCAUAUUUUAACACAAGCCCAUUUUUUCUUUUUAGAUCAAGAUCAUCAUAUUGAUGAUAAUGAUGGACUCAAUUCCAUGGUCAACGAUCAUGGUGGUGACUUCAUGGUACAGUUCAAACAUCGGUGUGCUUCUUAUGAACAAGUACCUUCUAACAAAUUACGGGUUCAAGUUCCCAGUGUUUCUCACCAUGUGCCACAUGAUGUGUUGUUCUAUCUUCAGCUUCAUUGGUAUUCAAGUGAUGGACAUUGUCCCUUUUCAAAGCAUACAAUCAAGGGAACAGUUGGUGAAGAUUUGUGUUCUGAGCCUUGUUUUUUGCUUCUCAGUUGUUUGUGGAAAUGUGUCACUGAAUUACAUACCCGUGUCUUUCAAUCAAGCAAUUGGUGCCACCACACCUUUCUUCACUGCGGUUUGUGCUUAUUUUGUCACCAGAAAAAGAGAGGCUUGGCUUACCUAUGCAACACUCUUGCCCGUUGUUGCUGGUGUCAUCAUAGCUAGUGAGUCUGAACCUAGUUUCAAUCUAUUUGGAUUUAUAAUAUGCGUUUCAUCAACCUUUUCGAGAGCUUUCAAGUCGGUCCUUCAAGAUCUUUUGUUGUCCUCUGAGGGAGAAAAGUUAAACUCUAUGAACCUGCUGCUUUAUAUGGCACCCAUGGCAAUGUUGGUCUUGCUUCCUGCAACAUUGUUGAUGGAGAAGAAUGUGAUUCAAAUCACAAUAGAUGUAGCAAGAAAUGAUAUCAGAAUUAUAGGUUUUCUGCUCUUCAGUUCUUCUCUUGCAUAUUUUGUCAACCUAACCAAUUUUUUGGUGACAAAACACACAAGUGCAUUGACUCUUCAGGUUUUAGGAAAUGCAAAGGGGGCAGUUGCAGUGGUGGUCUCAAUUUUGAUUUUCAAGAAUCCAAUUUCCAUGAUAGGAAUGUGUGGUUAUGCCUUCACUGUUCUUGGAGUUAUCUUAUACACUGAAGCCAAAAAGAGAUAUAGUUAGUUAAAAAAAAUAAAAAAAAGGAAGGUAUAGUUGAAAAUAAAAGACUACAAAUUAAAAUUAAUUACCAAGAUUACUUAUCAGAGCAUAAUAUAUAUAUGAUUAACCAACCACAAGCAGGAGUGAGGACCAUCAACUUUGUGCAUUAGCUAGUGGCAAUAACGUGUGAUUUUAUUUAGUUAAGAAAUUGAAACUUCGUUUCUAACCC